AUGCCGCGAGCUGAACAACGACAGACCAACCAACGGGACGCCGAUGACGCUUUUUCCGAACGCGAGAAAGCCAUCGGGAACAAACUCUGGGGCGUCUACAUCACCGAGGCGGAGAAGUACGAUCAAGGUCUGAUCGAUGGCUGGCGCAGUGAGAUGGACGGCCUGUUGAUCUUCGCUGGUCUAUUCUCCGGCGUCGUGACGACGUUCAUCAUAGACAGCUAUAAGACGCUGAACCCCGACUCAGGCAGCCAGACCGUCGUGUCGCUCAACCAGAUCUCGCAACAGCUUGCAAACAUAAACAACAGCACGGCGGGGAUGGACGCACUCUCUCCCACCGCUCCCUUUUCGCCCCCUGCCUCAGCUCUCGUCUGCAAUGCACUCUGGUUCGCCAGCCUCGCACUCAGCUUGUCGAGUGCCCUCGUCGCGACCCUGGUCGAGCAGUGGGCGCGGGAGUACCAGCACCGCACAUCCAUGUUCUCCUCCAUCUCCAUCCGGUCGCGCGUGUACAUGUAUCUCUACUACGGUUUGCAACGCUUCAAUAUGCAUACCAUUGUUGGCAUUCCCCCGCUGCUCCUGCACGCAUCACUGGUGCUGUUCCUCGCAGGUUUAGUGGCGUUUCUGGUGCCCGUCAACGUGAUCAUCAUGAGCAUCUCCUCCGCUCUUCUGGGCCUCUUUGUCUUUGUCUACCUAUUGUUCACGGUGCUUCCGCUGUUUUUCCUCGACUGUCCAUACCAGACGCCACUCACACGGAUCCUCUGGCCGCUGAAACAGAGCAUGGCAAGCAUGCUGACAGCCAGUGUCCAGAGGGCUGCAGCUGCUUGGAAGGCCUUCCUUCAAAGGAGCAUCGCUGUGCCGGACCCCGAGAAAGCCGCCGAACCCACUGUGACGAAUCCCGACGCAUCUACCGAGCCUUUCACGGCUGAAGACACUCUUCUUCAGCCCCAGAGCAUGGUGGAUGCCAUGAAAUCAGAAGCGCUACGUUCCACUGUCAAGACGGAGACCCGGGCACUGGCAUGGACUGUCCGGUCUCUCUCUGACGAUCAGGAGCUUGAGCCAUUCGUGGAGGGGCUCCCCCAGGUCCUGUGGGAUUUCGAGCACAGCAAGCCUCGCCGCGUGUAUCAGGCCUUGUUCCAGUCCCUGUUGCGUGAUCCGGAAAUCCAUCUCUGCCAGCGUCUCGGCGAUUUCAUGGUUGGCUCCACAAGCAAUCUGCUUGAGGACAAAGUCCGGGUCCGCCGCCAGCUGUCCGUGCUCCGGGCCAUCUGGGCCAUCUGCGCGUUCUCCCUUCACACGGGGUCGCCUCUGCAAAGUCCGAUCGGAGAAGCCGACGUGGACAGCGCCCUACUCGGCACGAAAUUUCUUAAUUCUCCUGACGUACAGAGCAUGGUCCCCGCCGUGACCGCUUUGAUCCAUCUGAACGUGAUCGACUCUCGGGGCCGGGAUGGGGCCUCUACACAAGCAAGGAGCUCCGAUGGUCAUUUGGGUGCCGAGGCCCAUGCAGACAUGCAUGACGCGUAUACACGCUAUCUGAUGGCAUUUUCCCAAUGCGCUGCCACCUUCCAGCGGGAUGUGACCGUUUCACUCUUUGAUCCGCCACAACUGCGCUGCACGGAAGCGGGCUACUGGAUUCUGCAAGACGCUCUCGAAAAGCUGAUCGAUUCGGCGUUGGACAAGACAGCGGACGAGACUGCAGACAACGUUGUCUUUGCUGCUCGCCAGAUGAUCAGCCUGUUUGCCCAGACAUCGGAAUAUCCAGUGUGGUGGCUGCCAGGGCUUGGGCCGUUCCUUGUCCGACAUUCGACCCUCGUCGGCUCCGACCCAAAAUUUGACGCAGAGCACGAUUACACCCGAUUCCUGUGCCAUAAGCUAUGCGAUAACCUGAAGGACAAAGACAAACCGCAGGAAUCUGUCGACGCCCUCCAACUGAUCUAUCGGAAUUUACUCGAGUCCGAUGAGCCACCAAGAGACCUCGAUACCCAUCUUCUGGUCCUCUAUACUCUGCGGACUAAAGCAGCCGACAUCCGCACGUACCAUUUGGCUGCCAUCGUCCAGUGCGUCGUGCUCAAAUAUCUGCGGCGCGACCCAUCGAAACUGGAGCAAUUGCCGAGUAUGUUCGAUGACGAGGACUGGUUCCGUUCCGUGCUCGGCCUUGAAAACGAUGAGCCUACGGAGCAGGUAUCGACACUGCAAAUUUCCGAGUGUGUCCGUGUCGGUGCUAUGACGGCUUUCUUCGAGCAGUGCGCGGCCCGGAGUCCGGAUCAAACAGAGCGCGACCUGGACUUGGAGACGUUCAAAGUGGUACGCCACGCACACAUGGUGAUUUUUUUGGCGAUUCCGAUCAAACUGCAACGUCGAUUCGCCAACGCCGCCGCCGGAUUCAUCCGCAAAUAUCCAGAAAACUGCCUUGCGAAUCGGGAUGGGCUCUUCUCGGUGCUUGUCUGGGCCGUCGCUGGCGGCGGGUUCAUCAGGGAAGACGGGUAUAUCACCGAUUUGGACGCAUUGCGCGUCCUGGACACGGCUGUCUCGGAGAUGCAGACGGACGAUCAGCAGCAAGACCAUCGGGACAAUGCUCAACGGAUCCGGGAACGGAUGCAGGACCGGCUCCGUCCCAAGAACAUCUCUGCCGAGUAUGUCCCGCUUGUGAGUGACGGGGAAUGA